AUGUUGUCACGGCUCUCCUACCUCGUAUGCCUCCUUCUUGUUGCUUGUGCCAAUGCGGCCAAGCCCCUGGGCCACGAGGUCUGCGGAGCCUCUUGUUACUACACCUUCGCCAAGACCAAGUUCGCCUCCGAUAACGUGACGGAGCAGACGCUCUGCACGCAUCCCCUGAGGAUUACUUCGACGUACUUGUGUUUGUGGGAGCACUGCGAGGAACAGGACCUCGUGCCGGGCAUCAACUGGUGGGCUGCCACGUGCAAGAAGUCCUCUAAGCUGGUCAACCUCGAGGCAUAUGAGAGCACAGUCGCCAAUGUCACGCAGGAGUACAUUGACAGUCUUCCUACCGUCGAGCAGACGCAGAAGACGGUGGUGGACGUUGUGUCGAGGCCCUCGGAUGCCAACUGGAACAUUGCUCAUCGGAGUGUCAACACGUACUACACCAACAUUGUAUACCACCAAAAGCUCCGAUGGAUUCCGUACGGCUACUGGGGAUUAGUGCUGGGUCUGGCCACAAUCAGCCACCUUUAUGCACUUCUCCCGGUGAAGCGUUCCAGUCAACCCGUGCGAAAGACCGAUGCGGGAGCCAAAGUAAAGGGCUGGUUCCACCGCAACCUCAUGAUGGCUCCUACGUUCUCAUAUCACCAUCACCAGCCCUUGGGAUGGUUCACGAUUCCUCUCCGUCUGCAGUCCCUGGUCAUUGCUGGCUACGUCAUUAUCCAGAUCUUUAUGUUGGCAUUCCACUACCCUGUCUUUCACAACAACAUUUACUACAAAACAAUCCCGGGACAGGUCUGCCGGAUCCUCGCCGAUCGACUUGGUAUCUUCAUGACGGCCGAGCUCCCGUUCAUUUUCCUCUUCAGUGGAAGAGCCAACAUCCUCAUCUACGCCACUGGAUGGAGCUACAGGACUUUCAGCCUCUUCCACCGCUGGCUCGCCAUGACCCUGGUCGUAGAGGGUAUCAUCCACGGCGUUGUGUUUUCGGCCUAUUACGUCAAUGAACAAGGAUGGGAGGGCUACCGCGAAGAGCUGAAAGAAGACUUGGUAUUCCGCUACGGCAUCACUAUGCUCACCGCAUUGGGCCUCUCAGCGCUGUUUGCUUUUGCUCCUAUACGCAACCGAGUCUACGAGUUCUUCAAGGCUACUCACGUCGCUUUGACGGCCGUCUUCCUUGCUUGCCUGUACCAACACGUCAAAGGCCAGUUCAAGGGUAUGUACCUCGUCUGGGUGUGGGCAUGUGUUGGUCUCUGGGCCGGCGACCACUUUCUCCGCAUUCUGCGAGUCCUCGCCAUAAACUACAAGACGCUCCUCGGCAAAGGCUCUCUCGCACUGGCCAGCUACAGCGAAGAGACUGGCAUGAUUCGUCUUCAGGUCAAGCCUUCCAUCAACUGCAGCCGCCAGACGCCCGGAACUUACUACUUCGUCUACUUCCCCGGCAUGCGCUUCUGGGAGUCUCACCCCUUCACCCUGGCCGGACGGUCCAAGCAGGUCGAGGAUGUUUCUGUUUACGGCAGCAGCAGCGACCAGCCUACCGAGAAGAAGACGGGCACUCAGUCUCCACAUGUGACAGAGUUGGCGUCCGAGUCCGGGUCCGGUGACAGCUACAUGACCUUUAUGAUCCGUCCCCGCGAUGGAAUGACCCGAAGACUGCGAGACAAGCUCGUCAGCAAGAGCGAGUCCGGCCCUCUUCGCGUGCGAGUCCUGCUCGAAGGUCCAUAUGGCACGCCUGCUCGUCUCGACCACUUCGACGACGUUCUGUUCAUUGCUGGUGGUAGCGGAAUCACCACCGUGCUUCCCUAUCUCCGCAUGUUCUUCGAGGACCAGAAGCAGUCCCAGUCACCUCCCCCCAACGUCCGUCUUGUCUGGGUCGUUCGACACGAGGGCUUCGUCCGGGAUGUUCUCGCCAACGACCUUCGCGCCAUUGAAGGAGCAUCGAAGCUGAACAUGGAGUUUUACAUCACGUCCGAAAGCUCAGCCAGCUCCACGCCCAAGACGGAAGAAGCAGGAAACAGCAUACACGAUCCCCGAUUCAAGAAGAUGCGGCCUGACAUCCACACCGCGGUGGAUGACUUUGUCACUCAGUCGCAGGGCAAGACGGCCGUCUUUGUGUGCGGUCCGGCCGAGAUUGCCGAUACGACGAGGCAGGCUGUCAUUACGCAGACGAGGAAGGUUCACAUUGAUGUUGAACUGUUUGAGGAAAUGUUUGUUUGGUAA